AUGUCAAAAGCCCGAGUAAGCCCAUUGCAAUCUAUUAGUAUACCAAGACUUGAGUUACUUGGAGCUAUCCUCGGUUUACGACUUGCAGAGAAAAUUGUCAAAGCAUUGAAGCUUGAAACUAAGGACGUAACUAUAUGGUGUGAUAGUCUUAAUGUUUUAUGGUGGAUAAAAAAUCAAAGUCGAAAGUUGAAACCAUUUGUUGCCAAAUGCGUUGGAUUUAUUCAAUCAAAGACUGAACUAAAACAAUGGAGAUACAUAACAACAAAAACUAAUGUAGCUGAUUUACUAACAAGAGGAACAACAGUUAAAGAAUUAGAAAGUAAUAAUGCUUGA